UCUCAUUUUCUAAAACCCUAGAAAACCCUCUCAGUCCCCGCCUGACCUCUCUAGAGCCACCGCAACUCCUCCACCACCGGCGGCAAACUAUCAAGCUUUAGCAAUGUCGGAGCUCGAGAUAUCCCGGUCGGAGAAGAAGAAGAAGAAGAAGCAGCGGUCCGGUGAUGAAGCUCAGACCGGCGAGCCCGACUCGGCUCAGAAGGACGCGGACUUCAUGAUCAAGCCCCAGAGCUUCACUCCCUCGAUUGACACUUCUCAGUGGCCUAUCCUGCUGAAGAACUACGACCGCCUCAACGUGCGGACCGGACACUACACCCCUCUCCCGUCCGGUUUUUCCCCACUGAAGCGGCCCCUCGCUGAGUACAUCAGGUAUGGUGUCCUCAACCUCGAUAAGCCCGCGAACCCCUCCUCUCACGAGGUGGUCGCCUGGAUCAAACGGAUCCUGCGGGUCGAGAAGACGGGCCACAGCGGGACCCUCGACCCCAAAGUGACCGGGAACCUCAUCGUCUGCAUAGACAGGGCCACCCGCCUCGUCAAGUCCCAGCAGGGCGCCGGGAAGGAGUACGUGUGCGUGGCCCGCCUUCACUCUGCUGUCCCCGACGUUGCCAAGGUUGCCCGCGCCCUCGAGACCCUCACUGGGGCUGUGUUUCAGAGGCCCCCUCUGAUUUCCGCCGUGAAGAGGCAGCUCAGGAUCAGGACUAUCUAUGAAAGUAAGCUCCUUGAGUAUGAUCCUGACAGGCAUUUGGUUGUGUUUUGGAUAUCGUGCGAGGCAGGGACUUAUGUGAGGACCAUGUGCGUCCAUUUGGGCCUGCUUCUCGGGGUUGGUGGGCAUAUGCAGGAGCUGAGACGGGUCCGGUCAGGCAUCCUUGGGGAGAGGGAUAACAUGGUGACAAUGCACGAUGUGAUGGACGCUCAGUGGGUGUAUGAUAAUUACCGGGAUGAAAGCUACCUGAGAAGAGUCAUUAUGCCGCUCGAGGUUCUCUUGACAAGCUACAAGAGGUUGGUUGUGAAGGACUCUGCUAUCAAUGCUAUAUGCUAUGGUGCUAAGCUGAUGAUUCCCGGGCUAUUAAGGUUUGAGAAUGAUAUUGAGGUCGGGGAGGAAGUUGUGCUGAUGACCACUAAAGGGGAAGCUAUUGCAUUGGGUAUUGCUGAGAUGACUACUGCUGUCAUGGCAACUUGUGACCACGGCGUGGUGGCGAAGAUCAAGAGGGUGGUUAUGGAUCGGGACACUUACCCUAGGAAGUGGGGUUUGGGUCCGCGAGCCUCAAUGAAGAAGAAGCUAAUUGGGGAAGGGAAGUUGGACAAGCACGGGAAACCCAAUGAGAAGACUCCUCAGGAGUGGCUUCGGAAUGUGGUUCUUCCCACUGGUGGAGAUGCUGUCGUUGCCAAUCUUGCUGCUGUAGCUGCGUCUGAACCUGCUAAGGUCGAUAAUGGGACUUCCGUUGUGGAGGAGGAGAAGAAGAAGAGGAAACUUGAUACGGUUGAUGGCGAUGAUCUGGUUCCUGCUAAGAAGUCCAAAGUAGGAGAAGAGGUUGAGGAAAUUGAGAAGGAAGAGAAAAUGAAGGUCAAGAAGGUCAGCGACGAGACUGUGGAGGUGGAGGUUGAGAAGAAGGAGAAGAAGAAAAAGAAGAAGAAUGAUAAGGAGACUGGUGAGGUGCUGGCAUCCGAUGAGAAGACAGAGAAAGAAAAGAAAAAGCACCACAAGUCGAAGGAUGAGGCUGGGACUCCCGACACGGAUAAGUCAGAAAAGAAGAAGAAGAAGAAGAAGCAUAAAGAUGACGAAGCUGCCGAGGAGGAUACCGCAGAGAAAAAGAAGAAAAAGGAAAAGAAGAAGAAGAAAGAAGCUGAAGAAGAAUAACCAUGAGCAGCAGACUUUCUUCAUUCAUUACAUUUUCUGUUUUGAUCCUUCUAGUUAUAAUCAUCGUAUUCUCCAAUUUAUGUUUUCUCCCCCUCAUAAGAUUCUCGCAGUUCUAUGCUUGUUUUGUAAGUUAUCUUAUUUCUCACCGGUAUGCUCAUGGCAACUGCAUUUUGCAUGUUAUGGAUGGGCAUGAUGAUGUCGCUGUGGAUCGAUGCUAAUAGGAAUCGGUUCAAAUGGCAUUCAGAAACAAUCAGAGUUCAGGUCUUUUGCUAGCACUGCUCAGGUCAAUAUCCUCGGAGUUGAUUCUGGUUAAAGGGAGAAGGCUUGACUGCUUGGUGUUGAUGAAUCAUUUAUUUUCUUGAACAUCUGCAUAUGUCGCAGGUCAGUGAGCUCUUUGUGGUUGUAAUGAUUCGACCAGUUACAUGCAUUGCUCUGUUUCGGAGGGGUAUGCAGUUUCAGAGUGCAACUCCUUCAGAGUCGUGCGAUCCGAUAAUGCUACUUUUCUUUCCUAUGCUGGUUUUCA